UUGGCUUUUGACAAAAUAAAAAGGGCCUUAUUGACCGCCCCUGCCCUGAGCCUCCCAGAUGUAACCAAGCCUUUUACGCUAUAUGUUGAUGAACAUAAUGGAAUAGCCAAAGGGGUCCUAACUCAAAAACUGGGACCCUGGAAAAGGCCCGUGGCAUACUUUUCAAAAAAAAAUUAGACAGCGUGGCUGCAGGAUGGCCCCCAUGUCUCCGAAUAAUAGCGGCUAUGGCAGUCCUGGUAAAAGACUCAGACAAGUUGACUUUUGGCCAACCCCUCACUGUGGUGGCCCCCCACGCCGUAGAGACAGUCAUCCGCCAGCCCCCUGAUCGAUGGCUCUCAAACGCCCGGGUCACCCAUUAUCAGGCCAUGUUACUGAAUUCUGAGCGGAUACGGUUUGGAACGGCUACAUCUCUAAACCCGGCCACCUUGCUUCCAGAAACCGAGUCCCCCUCCCUAGUAAUGCAUGAUUGCCACCAGAUCCUAGCUGAAGUCCAUGGCACCAGAGGGGACUUGACGGACCAGCCUUUGCCAGAUGCUGAAGCAACCUGGUACACCGAUGGGAGUAGCUUUCUACGAAAUGGCUGGACAGAAGCAUUCCCCACCAAGCGAGAAACCGCCCAGGUGGUUGUCAAGAAAAUCCUGGAAGAAAUUUUCCCCCGGUUUGGACUGCCCAAGGUAAUAGGGUCGGACAACGGCCCCGCCUUCGUCUCCCAGGUAAGUCAGUUGGUGGCCAGAUUACUGGGGAUAAAUUGGAAAUUACAUUGUGCAUACAGACCCCAGAGCUCAGGUCAGGUAGAAAGAAUGAAUAGAACAAUUAAAGAGACCCUAACUAAAUUGACAUUGGAGACUGGCACUAGAGACUGGGUCCAACUCCUCCCUAUGGUUCUGUUCCGAGUCCGGAACACUCCCGCGCGCCAUGGGCUAACUCCUUACGAGAUUCUCUAUGGAGGUCCCCCACCAGUAACGGACUUACUAGAUUCUGCUAUUGACCCUCUUGCUAACACUCCCGGUUUACAGGACAGGCUAAAGGCGCUCCAGAUUAUCCAGCACCAGAUCUGGAAACCCCUUGCGGCUGUCUACCGCCCCGGAGACACAACCGGCCCACACCCGUUCCAGAUCGGUGACUCCGUCUACGUCAGGAGACAUCAGUCCAGGACGCUUGAGCCCCGCUGGAAGGGCCCAUAUACUGUACUACUGACCACCCCAACCGCCUUAAAGGUAGACGGCAUUGCUGCUUGGGUCCACGCCUCACACGUCCAGCGCGCCCCAUCAACGAGCACCGCUGACGCCAGCCAGGACGGACCGGACGAGCCACUCCAAUGGAAGCUCCACCGCACCCAAAACCCGCUCAAGAUAAGACUUUCAAAAAUUGUUCAAUGACAGUUGUUAUAUUCCUACCUCUCCUAGCGCUCUUCACCUCCGCCAAAGGUGACCCUCAUGCCCUCAAAAGGUUAACCUGGCAGGUACUAACGUCUGGGGGUGACGAGGUCUGGUCUAUAACUAAGACCGCCCCCGUGGGAACCUGGUGGCCUAACCUAUAUCCUGACCUAUGCAAGCUAACCAUAGGGGCCCCUAGCCCAUGGGACCUAGAGGGAUACUUCGACACCUCUAGAGCCCCUAACCAAGAAAGCCCUCCAGGGCGACUGGGAUUAGACCCAUGGGGAGGAUGUGGCACGCCUGACAGAAGGGCCAUGCUAAGCACUCUUCCCUUUUAUGUCUGUCCCGGGCACCACAGAGAUCGCAGGCUAAAUCCCACCUGUGGAGGAGGGGAAUACUUCUAUUGUAAAAAUUGGGGGUGCGAAACUACGGGGGAUACAGAAUGGAGGCCCUCCUCCUCCUGGGAUUAUAUCACUGUCAAGGCUAACUAUACUCACCCGACAUUUAGCAAAUGGAAAACCCUUAAUUAUGGGCCCUGCCAAGGGUGGUGUCAUCCCCUACGGAUAUCCUUCACGGAGCCCGGAAAAAGGGCUACUCACUGGGCCAAUGGAUAUACGUGGGGACUCAGGUUAUACAAAGAAAGAACAGAUGAUGGUUUUAUAUUCAGAAUUAAACUAAAAAUAGAAUCCCCAGACCCCGUGGCGAUCGGGCCUAACUCGGUCCUCGGGGA